GCAUUCGGACAACGACCACAUGCCCGAGUCGAACCUACCCUUGGUCGUGACACCCAGCGGGAAAAUCACACACAUUCCAUCAAUCAAUUUCAAGUUCUAUUGUCUCAUGGAUCUUACUUACUGGCCUCACGACGCCCACGAGUGCACGCUGAAGGUCGGGUCGUGGGCUCAUCAUGGCCACUUGCUGGACAUCGGUGUAAAUAGUACAGGGUUGGAGACCGACUUCAACGCCCACACUCUGGCCAACGGCAACGACAUCACCACCGAAGACUGGCGAAUCUCCGACUUGGCCAUAAGGCGAAUUUCCACCACAUACAGCUGCUGUCCUGAGCCUUAUGUCAGCGUCACCAUCACCUUACUUGCCACGAGGACCGCCCCUGCCUUCGCGUGGAUCGUCAAGACACCUGUCAUAUGCAUGAGCCUCCUGACGCUGGUGGUGUUCCUGCUCCCUCCUGCCGCGGGGGAGAAGGUCGUCUUCGGGGGACUCUGCCUCGUCCUCAACGUCCUCUUCCUCGACUACUCGGCCAACGUCAUAGGACACGCCCCCUCGCACACGCCCCUCAUCAUCCAGCUCGUGUGUCAGCAGAUGGUGUUGGUGAUGAUCAGCGUGGUGUUGUCAGCCGUGGUGAUGAGGAUGGCCCGAGGACCUCACUCGUCUGGGCUGCCGACCUUCCUGAAGCGGCCGGCACUUCUCCUGACGUCCUGCCUGUGCUUGGGCAACUACAGGCAGACUGUGCUCAAGACCAGCGCCAGCUUCGCCAGCUCCCGACGCAAGCCCGAGGACGAGCUGGAGCUUGGCGACGACGGCAGCUCGGAGAUGCGUCGUCGGGAGAGCGGCGAGGCUUGCGAGUGGCUCCUCCUCGCCGCCGUCGUGGACCGCUUGGCUCUCCUGCUCUACGCCGCCGUCUGCGUCAUCAGCCUCAUCCGGUUCAGCAGCGUCCUGUAGAGUGCGAGAGAUAUGUGUGGAUAUCACAGG